AUGGUCAGAAAGGAGGAAGAGAGGCUGUUGACCGGCUAUCAUGCGUAUAUCGAAAAAAUGGAGCAGGCGAAAGCGAAAGUCGAACACUCUUCAGAGCCGAUGGACAGUGCGACGUUGUCUCCUGAUUCUAACGCGGCACGAAACUCAGUCAGCGCAGAGGCGAUUGAUUCAGUGGCCAGUGUCAAGGCCCCAUCUUCCGUUGGUGAGGCGCAGGCAGACGCUUCGAGCACAGCAGAAAGCUUGGACGCAACCCAAAGUAUUCCGUCCGUUGAAGAUGCCUCAACGGCAAGUAAAGACGGCUGUGACGAAGACUGCUCCAGAGGAAGCAUUGAGGCGCACCAGAAUGCAACUUAG